AUGGGAGGAGCUACAGUACCCAAUGCAACUACCGUAACCGAUAUAUCGAUGUCUACAGUAUCCCCAACUACAGUAACCAAUGAAAAAUCUGAAGAGCCAACGACUACAGUAAUCCCAGAGAUGUCAGAAGCACCCACCGAUCAACCGACUACAGUAAGCACCACUGUGGAUCCGAACGGUGACGUAACUACCGAAGCAACUACAGUACCCAGUGAUGAACCGACUACAGUAACCACUGUUGGGGAGAUCACCACGCUAGAACCAAAUGGUAAAGUUGUACCUGCUACAGUACACAAUGAUAACGAAAUUACAGUAACCGAUGUGGCAGGAGCGGGAGAGUCGACUACUACUGUAGAUUUGAAUCGUCGUGUAGUGGUGACUGAAGCAACUACAGUAACCGACGACGAGGAGCCUACAACGAUACCAGAGACGACUACUGUAGAACCGAUUGCUACCGAAGCAACUACAGUACCCCCCGCUGGAAUUCCGGGUGAAGAGCCGACUACUGUAGAUUCAAAUCGUGUUUUAGUGGUGACUACCGUAACCGAUGAUACCAGUGAAGAGUCUACGACGGUGCCAGGAGCGGGAGAGUCGACUACUGUAGAUCCGAUUGGUGUAGUGGUGUCAGAAGCGACUACAGUAACCGAUGAUACUACAGUAGCGGUGCCUGGCGGAGAACCAAUAACUACUGAAGAUCCGAUGGUAGCUACAGUACCCACUGGUGAAGCGACUACAGUGAUCGAUGACGUGCCAGGAGCGGGAGAGCCGACUACUGUAGAUUCGAGCGGUGGCAUAGGCAUAGUUACCGAACCGUUUACAGAACCCAGUGGCGAGCCGACUACAGUAACCGAUGAUGUGCCAGGACCUGGAGUUCCAGAUGACGAGCCAACUACAGUAGACCCUAAUCAGGUGGUGGUGAGUACCGACGCAGCUACAGUACCCAAUGAUGAAGCGACUACAGUAAUCGAUGAUACCGGUGAGAAGCAUACUACAGUACCAGGAGCGGGAGAGCCGACUACUGUGCAUCCGAUUGGUGUAGUGGUGACAGAAGCAAGUACUGUAACCGAUGAUACAGGGGAGGAGCCUACAACGGUGCCAGGAGGAGUGCCAGGAGCGGGAGAGCCCACAACAGUAGACCCUAAUCUGGUGACCGAUGAGCCCACAACUAUCGUCGCUGAAGUAACCGACGAGAAUGGGGAGGUCGUUACAGUACCACCCAUUCCCGAGCCGACAACUGAACCAGACUAUCCAACGGACACUGACGAGCCGACUAUAGUACCACCAGAAGACGAUGAGCCGACUACAGAGGACCCGGAUAACUUAGUGACUCCCGGUCUCCCACCAAUCCCCAAUCCAACAGCUCCAGUUGCUCAACCGACCGCUGCCUCGGAAGCUCCGCCCACCCCUCUUGAAACCACACCGGCAGCUCCUGAAGCGGCAGCAUUGACGGGCACGGAACAGACACCUGAGGAGAAGAAAAAUGAAGAGGAAUUCAGAAAAAAGAUCUUCGCCUUCGAAAUGGGCACCUGUGUCGUCCUGCUGGCAACGAGUGUAGCUGCUUACGUGGCAUCAUUCAUGGCAUUCAAUCAUGUGAAGAAUAUGAUAAAAACGGAGAAAAUAGGAGCGAAGAAUGGGAAAAAGGGCGGGAAAACGAAUGGAAAAAAGACGGGAACGAAGACACCGAAUAAGAAUUUGAAGAAGAAAUAG